AUGUUACAGGCUGGGCUCCGGGCAGAUCUCAUCACCCUGGGCGCCUGUGUUGCUGGCGUUGGCGACUGGUGGAUGGCGCAACAGAGGCUGGAGCACGUGGCCACUGAAGGCUUGGAGAUCGACAUCAUCACCAGCUCUGCGGCCAUUUCUGUUUGUAGCAGUUCCGCUGCGUGGCAAGCUGCCCUAGCCAUCACUGCGUCGAAGUCGUCCUCCGUGGUCAGUGCGAUGAUCGCGGCCAUCGCUAAGGCGCCGUCGGCGCCAUGGCGGAAGGUGCUCAAAAUGAUGGCAGAAGCGCCUUGGAAACGGAAACGGAAGGUUCGCACACCCAAUGCGGUGGUCUUCGGUGCUGCCAUGAACGCUUGCGUUUCGCAGCCGCGGGUGGUCGCCCAACUUUUCAAGGAUUUCGUUCCGGGGGCUACUGACGGCAGACACGUGUGUUUGGCCGUCACUGCGUGGGCCACUCUCGGCGGUACCCUCACGCCGGCCCCGCAGGGCGCUCCGCCAACCCCGGCAGCGGCGCCAGCCUCUGGAACCGAGGCGGCGCCUCCUGCGGCGCCCGCCUCCCCGCGAGCGGCGAGCCCGGACAGCGCCUCCGGCACGUCCUCAGUGCCGUCUCGCCGGCGCACCCCGUCCGUGGCCCGCCGGUCGCGCACGUGCUUGUGCACGCGCUCGCCCUCCUCUGCUCCUGCCACUCCGGCGGUGCCGCCCUCGCCCAGGGCCCGCCUCCGGCCUCGCCGCGCCGCUCCCACUCCGGGGGCUUCGCGACGCAGGCCGGGGCGCAGAGGGGGAAAGAAAGUCCGCGAGCGUGUUGCCCGCGCGCGUGCUCACGCUGCCUCGGCUGUCCCCGGGCCUGCCACCUCUCGGCCCCGGCCCUCCUCUCGCCGCCCCCUCACGGCCUUCGCGGUGCCGCGGCCGGCGCCCGGGCCCAUCCUCAGCGCUUCUCCAUUCAGCAGCGCAUCACCCUUCGCGGCCAAUCCUUUCGCUGCCGCUGGGCCGCGCUCCUUCCCAUCCUUUUCAAGGCAGCCGGGGCCAGCGAUCUCCGGGGGGGGUGGUCCGCAGCAUCCCUUUGGUUCAAGAGUUUCACCAGCGCCGUUCCCACCGGCAGCUCCGGCGCCUCCCGUCGUCUCACCUGCGCCGGCGCUCUCGGCCGGCGGCGCUGACCUCCCCAAUUGUCCUACUUGCCUUGAGCCGCUGCAUCCUGCAGACCCUCCGCGCCAACGUACGGCGUUUUGGCCCGGGUGCCGCCAUCCAUACCAUUUUGCGUGCCUCGCCCGCACAGUGGCCCGCUUGCCCGACCCAGCUUGCUCCCUGUGCCGUGCACCUUGGCCAGACGGCGCGGCACCCGAGCUCAUUGACGCGUGCACGGCCUUGGCAGUCAACCCCUUUCUCGACUCCGACGCUGGAUCGCGCCCACCCACGCCUCGGGCCAACGCCGCCCACGCGGCGCCGGCCGUGCCUGUCGACAGCAGCAGCGGCAGCGACUCUGACGCGCCUUGCCCCCCGGAGCCUCUUCCACAACCACUUCCAUGGGCACGCCGCAGCCCGCCACUCUGCCCGGUCCAGGGCGCAGCGAACUCGUCGCUCUACGUGCCGCUCCUCUGGGCAGCUGUCGGCGACAUGCCGGCGGAGGCUCUUGCCGCGUGGCGCGCUGCCACGCCUACUGACGACUGGUGGGAAACCAGCCGCGCCCGCCUCGCAGCGUCCGGCCCUGUUUCCCUUGCACGGCUCACGGCUGCCUUAGCCGGCACUCCUUCGCCUGGCCCCGCCACCUCCGCCGCGCGCCUCACCGCUGCAGGUGGCAGUCUCCCUUCUGCUGCCCAGGCGCACCUUGCAUGGGCCGUCCGGCACCUGGCCGGGCUGGACGGGUACGUCGAGGCCGCCGGCCAGGAAGUGUGCCUCCAACUCUACGGCGGGCUCGCGCUGGCCACGCGCUUGAACACUGCCUCCGAUCGCUUCCGCGCACCCGCAGCGCCGGAACUGGCCGGAGCCGUGCCGCCGGCGCGUCGCCGUCCUCGACGUCGCCGAGAUCCACCCCACCCUUCCAAUGCCCCCGCCGCUCCUGGCCUCCCGGUCCCGGCCUCGGACGACGAGGUGAGCCUUGCCGCGCCGACCCAAACCCUUGUCGGCUCCAUACCAGACGCCUCCUGGGCGUGGCUGGACACGGUCGACUUGACGGCCGAGUUCCGGGCGCCCGUCUCAACCAUUCGGACCUUGCCGCCUUUCCUCCACAGUCCGGCCAUCCGCGCCUAUCUCAUCCCCCUCCGGGUCAUCGCGUCCACCACCUCGGCCACCCAAGCAAGCCGUGCAUGGACCCUGUUCCUCCUCACCCCGGCGCGGGCGUGCGCGCAUGUCCGCACCGGCGAUUUGAGCCGCGCGCGCCACACGCUGACCAGCUUGCCUCUGGCCCCGGGUACGGCAGCCACACUUGCCGCACUACGGGACCCCGCCCGGCGUCCACCAACGUUGCUCCGGCCCAUCCCCGAAGAAGUCCGGCGCGCAGCAGCGCCGCCGCCGACACGGUUCUCUGCGCAGAUCGUGGCUGACGCUCUCAGGUCGGCGAAACGAGGCUCAGCGGCCGGGCUGUCCGGCUCCACAACGGACCACUACAAGACGCUCCUCGCGGACGAGGAGGCGCUGGACCUACUGGCUGUGGCUGUCACCCGUUUAGCGGCCGCAGACCUCCCAGCCCCCGCCCUGGCAGCCCUUCGCCUGGCCAGACUCACGGCCAUCCAAAAGCCUGACGGCGGCGUCCGAGGCGACGCCUUCCGGCGCCUGGCUUCCCGUGUCCUCGCGCGACAUUACGCUGCCACUUUCGACCGGCUCACCCGCCCGUUCCAGUAUGCCCUCCAGGCACGUGCUGGCACGGACGCACUCGCUGGCCUCCUGCGGGCUUCCCUGGAAACCGACCCCGGCACCGUGGUCGUCAGCAUAGACGGCCGCGCCGCUUACGAUACGGUCAGCAGGGCCACAGUCCUCAGCCAAGUCUCCGCCUUGGUCCCUUCCUUGUUGCCGUUCGUCCAAGCUUUCUAUGGCAGCACAUCCACCUACCUGUGGCGAGAUGAGCUAGGCGAACCGCACAUCUUGGAACAGGGCGAAGGGCUCGAGCAAGGCGACAGCCUUGCCCCGGCGCUGUACGCCCUCGCCCAGCACCGCGCCCUGGCAGCAGCGGCGCAGGUGCUGCCUCCCACCGCCACCUUGGCCGCCUUCUUGGAUGACCUCUACAUCCUUUGCCCCACGCCCCAAGCGCGCAGCGCCUACAACACCGUCACCCGAGCGGUCGCAGCCCACGCCGGGGUCAGCACUAACCAAGGCAAGACUCGCAUCUAUGGGUCUUUGCCGCAGGCAGCCCCUGCCGACUUGGCCGACUUGGGGCCCGCGGUUUGGUGCAGCGAUCGCGAGCCAGCCGCUCGAGGCUUUGUCGCCGUUGGGACGCCCCUUGGAUCGCCUGAGUACAUCGCAGCCCAUCUGGAAGCCCGGCUCCAGGAACACCAGCACCUUCUCGACGAGCUGCCCCAACUCCCCGACCUGCAAUCGGCGUGGCUGUUACUGACCUUCUGCGCCGCACCACGCGCGCAGCAUUCCUUGCGCACGAUCCCUCCCUCUGCCACCACGUGCUACGCGACCGCCCACGACACGGCCAUUGCCGGAAUGGGCGGGCUAGGCCUGUACUCCGCCACGCGCACCAAAGAAGCUGCGUACUGGGCGGCGUGGGCCGACUUACUUCCUGUCAUCCAUGCCCGGGCACCCGCCCUCGCCCAAGAGUUUGUCACACAGCUUGAACACGGGCCGGCUGCGGUGGCAGCGUGCCUCCAACAAGCCGACCAAGCAGGCCGGCACCUUGACCUUCAUGGCUGGGCACACCGCCCCCCCUGGACCUCUCUGAUCGGCGACGCCGCCCCACCACCUCCUUUGGCAGACCGUGAGCCUGCUUGGUGGCGCCACGGAUGGCAACACCCCGCUUCUGUCGCAGUCACGACCUACCACCGACAGGAGUGCGUGUUGCCUUCCUUGUCCCCCACCCACCGAGCCCUCCUCCGCUCCCAAGCUGGACCAGGCGCCGGGGCAUGGCUUCUCGCAGUGCCAUCUGACCCUGGCACCACACUGCCUCCCCCGGCCAUGAACAUCGCCCUCCGGCGCCGGCUCCGCUUACCUCUGCCAGUCACUGCCGCCACCUGUGGCGUCGACGGCCGAGGGCAUGGCUGUGGCGGGCCCCUAGACCCAUACGGCGACCACGCGCUCGCCUGUCCCCGCUCGGGCGCCUUGGCGCGACGCGCGCCAGUCGUCGAGCGUGCCUGGGUGCGGGUUGCGCGCGAGGCCAUAGGCGCUGACGGCCGCGUCGUCCCACAGCAGUGGAUUGCGUCCCUCAACGUGCCAGGUGUCUCCAGCACCGACCGACGACGGCUCGACCUCGUCAUCUACGGCGCCACACCACUUGGUGAGGCGCUCUGCUGCGACGCCACCCUCGUCUCCGCCCUCACCCGAGGCGGCGCGCCCAUCCCCCGAGCGGCGGACAAUGACGCGGUCGCCAUCACCGCGGCGCGCCAGCGAAAACAGCGGGCGUACCCAGAGCUGCUCCAACGAGGCGCGCAGCGCUUGCUGGUCCUCGCCACUGAGCUCGGUGGUCGCUGGAGUGGGGAGUGCCGCGAACUCAUGCGCCUCCUGGUUGACCAUCGCGCGCGCCGCGUUGCCCCUGCGGUGCGACCCGCCGCCCGCAGCGGAUGGCUGCGACGUUGGUGGGGGAUACUGAGCGUGGCGGUCCAGCACGCCACUGCGCUUGGGUGCGACUGCUGGCGCCACCCGUGGCAGCCUGCGGGAGAUGAUGGCCCGCCCUUGGCCGAUGUCCUCGAUUUGGCCGAGCCGGCUGCCCCAAGCCGGCUGCCUUGUUCUCAGAGGCUUCCAGCCGAACGCGGUGAUUUGCAGCGUGGCCAUGGAGACGUGGUCACCUUGAGCAGUGCCAUGACCAGCUGCCUCCAACAGCAGCAGUGGCAGUGGAGUCUGCAGCUGGGCCGAGCGCAAGCUGCGCAGGGCAACCUGCUGACGCAGGCCUUAGAGCUACAAGCCUUGACACUAGGGGCGCGAUGGCAACUUGUGCCAAGCAUGGUGGAGCAGUUGCAGAUGAGGACCUUGCGGUCAGGAGCUCCAUUGGUGAGCAGAAUCCACCGGCCAGGUUUCACAAGCCAUGGGUUGAACCAGGCAGCUUCUGCCAGGAUCCCCUUGAUGGUACAUUCUCACAGAUUUUCAAGAUUUUGA